AUGGCCACCGCCUACCAGAGCACCAGCCCCCAGUCGACCCAGACUAAGCCCACCUCCCCCAUCACCAAGUUCUUCUCCCGCUUCCAGCCUCGCUCCUUCCUCCUCCCCGACUUCUCCUCGCACAGCGCUACCUAUCCUCUCCGCCUCAACAAGCACUCCAACCCCGUCGCCGCCUCGUCUGAGGAGUGGCUCGUCCGCCUCGCGCAGUUCCGUGCCCCACGCAACGCGCGCAAGCACAAGAAGUUCAUGGGACUCAAAGCCGGCUACCUCACCGCGCUGUGCUACCCCGAUUGCCCGCGAAAGCAGCUUCGCGUCGUCUCCGAUUACAUGAACUUCCUCUUCACCCUCGACGACUGGAGCGACGAGUUCGCCGAGAACGGCGUCAGGGGACUGGCUGAUUGCGUCAUGGACACACUUCGUGACCCAUCUACGAAGACGGAAAAGGCUGCCGGACGCCUUGCACGAAGCUUCUGGCUCCGCAUGAUCAGCACCGCCAAACCUCUCGUCCAGCAGCGCUUCAUCGACUCGUUCGCCGACUUCUUCACCGCUGUCGAACAGCAGUCGCGCGACCGCAAGCGCGGUAUCAUCCCUGAUCUCGAGUCGUACAUCACCCUCCGUCGUGAUACGAGCGGCUGCCGCCCCGUUUUCGUGCUCAUCGAGUACGCCGCGGGCAUCGAGCUACCUGAUGAAGUCUUCAACCACCCCGUCAUCCAAGAGAUGACCGUGGCGACGAACGAUCUCGUCACCUGGUCCAACGAUAUCUUCUCCUACAACAAGGAGCAAGCCACCGGCGACACACAUAACAUGGUCGCGAUCCUCAUGGCGCAGCACGGCCUGGCGCUGCAGGACUCGAUCGACUUCGUCGGCCAACUCUGCGAUGCGACCAUCGCGCGCUUCGAGACCGGUCGCGCCACGCUCCCGACCUGGGGCCCGCAGAUUGACGCGGACGUGCAGAAGUACGUCCAGGGUCUGCAGGACUGGAUCAUCGGCUCGCUCCACUGGAGCUUCGAGACCGAGCGCUACUUCGGCAAGAACGGGCGCGCCGUCCGCCGCUCCGGCGCCGUCCGUCUCGCAGGGCCUAAGCGCUCGUGA